GCAUUAUAGCAGACUUGUUAGUGUGCCGGCGCCGGUCGGGGUGAAGGGGACAAAAACACUUCCAAAUCCCACCAAACCACGUGACUAUGGCGGAGAGUUUCUCCCUGCGUGAAGAUCAGGAAAGGAACCUAAAGAUGUCAGCAGUCGUAGUCGUGCAUGGUGGGGCGUGGGCCAUACCGGAUGAACUGGCCAAGGCCUCUGUUGAUGGAGUAAAAGUUGCAGCAAGUGAAGGGUUUUCAGUGCUGAAAAGAGGAGGAAGUGCAGUGGAUGCUGUUGAGGCAGCUGUGAAGGCUAUGGAAGAUAACACUGUGUUUAAUGCAGGGCAUGGCGCAGUGCUAAAUGCUGAUGGAGAAGUUGAGCUGGACGCCGUUAUCAUGGAUGGAAGGACACUUGCCAGUGGUGCGGUGUCUUCAAUGAAGAACAUUGCCAACCCCGUGUCACUGGCACGGGCAGUGAUGGAAAAGACUGCUCACAUCAUGUUGACAAGCAGAGGUGCAAACCUGUUUGCAGAGAGCAUUGGCAUGAUCACAGUUCCCACUGAUACACUGGUGACUGAGUAUGAGAUGAAAGAAUGGGAGAAGCAAAAGAAUUAUCUUACUGGAGUAAUGGAUGAUUUCAACUCUCAGUGUGCCCAUGAUACUGUUGGGGCGGUUGCUGUGGACUGUGCUGGUAAUGUUGCAUGUGCAACAUCAACUGGAGGGAUCAGAAAUAAAAUGGUUGGCAGAGUAGGAGACUCUCCGAUCAUUGGCUCUGGAGGAUACGCAGACAACCGUAGUGGUGCAGUGUCUUGUACCGGUCACGGAGAGUCUAUUCUUAAAGUCACAUUGGCCAGACUCAUUCUUUCACAUGUUGAACAAGGUAAAUCAGCAGCAGAUUCUUCACAGUUGUCUCUGCAGUACAUGACAGACCGUGUCCAUGGUGCAGGAGGCGCUAUUGUAGUUUCUCCAUCAGGACAGUGGGCAGCCACAUUUACCACAGAGCGAAUGGCUUGGGCAGCAGUGGAUCAUGACUUUCUGUGGUAUGGAUUAGACCCAAAUGAAAGAUUUAAACAGCAGUUAUCCCAAUAAUCAUUUUAACAGUUUUUUAUUCUUAUUAGUCAUAGUAUUGAGCCAUAUAACAGGACAGUGUUUUCUACUAAUUCACUAUGGUUUGGAUCACUUGGUCUGUCUUGGUGGACAUUUGCUACUGUUGUUUGUAUCCAAAUCAAAUUAGUAGUGUUUUCUUCUUUCUAAUCUGCGAUGUCAGAGCUACGUACUUUGACAUGUGUGCACAGUGAAACGUAAACUGUAAAAUAUGGAGAUGGUGAGUAUAUAAGUCUCGAGAUCUGUUAUUUGAGCAACUCAUCCAUACGUUUGACUAGUUGUUCUUAUCCCCUGAAUUCUGGAUUGCAUAUUACAUUUUAUUUCUUUAAAAUCACUUAAACUUUGUGUUAGUUUAUUUCUCCACAUUUGUGAUGGUAGCAGUGUUUCUUAACUCAGAACUGUUGGCCCAUUUGUACUUCAAAUGCCACUCCUGCACACCUGAUCCAAUUAAGGUCUAAACAUUUUCCAUGCCAUGAUGAUCAGCUCAGGUGUGUAAAAGCAGAGCAAAGAACUGCAGGACUGGCGGCUCGGGAGGUCUCGUUCCUGAAAGACCUUAUUAAAAAGGUACAGAAUGUGAACAAUACAAAUACAUUGAAUAUGAAAGUAAUUAAAGAUUACAGGCUAAUAAUUAAACUAAUUACUUCUAAACUAGUUACUCUACUCUGAAAUUAAUUUAAAUUGUAUUGUUAUUUCCAUGUGCCAUAUGUCUCUUUAUUGUAUAUUACCUAUUUAACCAAUGUUUAGACUGAUGAAAUAAAUAUCUUGGGACCAUUUAGUAGUUGUUUAGGUUUGUUUUGUAGGUUGUAAAUGUUGCUGUAUAAAACAUGCAUUUUUGCAUGUAUUAUACAGCAAAAUGUAUUAUGCAUACAUCUAGACAUAUUAGUAAAAAUAUUUUGAUUACUAUCUGCUCAGUGUCUGGGCCCCUAUUCUCAAGCUUCAGAUAGCUUAUCAGGGUGUCCCGUUUCACAUAAUCUCCCAUUAUAUAUUAUAUGAUUGUACUUGUAUUUUAAGUUUUUUUUUGUGAAUUAAACUGAACUGAAAGGUG